UUUAGGUCUGUUAUAUUUGUCACGACUCUUUUGGUAUCUUUUAAGCUACUCAAAAUAUACUGAAUCAGCAAGUAGUGCUUUGCAGUCCCAUAGUGAAGAUUAUGAUUACCGUCUGAUGUCGGAUUUAUAUAACUACAUCGACUAUGUAAAUUCAGAUGCCAAGGACCCCAAGAAGGAGAAUGAGAUCAAACAACUCAACAAAUGCCCGGAUCUCUCGCCACUUCUCGUGGGACAAUUUGUAGUUGAGUUCUCUACGCCUGUUAGUUUGGAGGCCGUGAGGGAAGAGAACCCAAAUCUGCAGGUCGGAGGUCGCUACAAGCCAGACAACUGCAUCGCCCUUCAGAAGGUUGCUGUCAUCAUCCCCUUCCAUAAUCGUGAGGAACACCUCCAGUUUUGGCUCCACUACCUCCAUCCUUUCCUACAGCGCCAACAGCUGGACUAUGGUGUCUAUGUUAUUAAUCAGGACGGGGAAAGCAUGUUCAACAGGGCCAAGCUGAUGAACAUCGGCUACACCGAGGCCCUCAAAGAGUACGACUACGACUGCUUUGUGUUCAGUGACGUGGACCUCAUCCCCAUGGACGACCGGAACACCUACCGAUGCUUCAGCCAGCCCAGACACCUUUCUGUGUCCAUGGACAAGUUUGCCUUCAAGUUGCCUUAUAGUCAGUACUUUGGUGGUGUCUGUUCACUGAGUAAGGAGCAGAUCCUGAAAAUAAACGGGUUUCCCAACACCUACUGGGGCUGGGGUGGUGAAGAUGAUGACAUUUUCAAGAGGUUGAAUAACAGGGGAAUGUCAAGCUCCCGGCCAAAUGGCGUGAUUGGAAAGUUCCGGAUGAUCCCUCACAUCAGAGACAGAAAUAACAAUGAAAAUGAUCAGAGGUUCAAGAGAAUGGCUCACACAAUUAAGAUCAUGGACAAAGACGGCCUCAACUCUCUCAAAUACAAAGUUGUCGCAGUGGAAAAGCAUGUCCUGUUCACAAAGAUCACAGUAGAUCUGGGGAAACCAUUCAAGAACAGCCAACGGAAAAACAACUAAAUAUAUCAUUAUCUAUUUUAUGCAUUAUCAAACUUGUAUAUUAAUGCCCCAUACCGUUUGGAACCCUUAAAAGCCUGGAGGAAGUCUGGGAAACCUGUCAACCAUUCAUAUGUCUAAACAAUAUCAAAAUAACGUUUUCCCACUUCCAGACAUUCAUUGUGAAAACAGAGCACAGAAGGGUGUCAACUAAUGGACUCCCAACCUUAACUUGAUGUGCUUCUGUGCUGGACCACACAUUUUUUUGAUUCCAAGUCAGUCUAAUUUCUUCUCCAAUCUAGAUUUUAAUGUUGGUGUUGUUACCCUUGCAAGAGGGAGAGUGCACAAAGUGAAAAAAAAAAUAUAAAAAAAAGAAUAUUCCACCUAUCUUUAUUUUAUGUUUAUUGGUGCAAAGCAGCAUCAAAAAAAUCUCCUUGUGUUCUGACACACAACGUGGCGCACAUCGCCCUCUUGUGGCAUUGUCUGCUGACACAAACGGACUACUGGUGCACUAAGUUUGAUGAUCCUGUCAUAAAAUGCAAAGAAUCUCACCUACCCACUGGAAUAAUAAAAAAAAAGUGAGAAAAGUUAAUAACCCAAAGAAGUUGGGCAUUGCGCAUAGUUGACCUGUCUGUCUGUCGCUGGACAUGAUGUUGAUGUCAACUAUCUGCAUAUAUGAGAGGUGAAAGAGCAUGGAGUGGAACUAGGACGUUAAACUUAGCCGGAACGAGGUGUGGCAAGAAUGGAACCGCAACUCACUGUUCAUAAAACUCCCUGCUGUUGCCAUCAAACCCCUGCAACUUAUCCAGAAUGCCGCAGCCCCUCUGGUGUUUCAAUCAAUCAAUCAAUCAAUCAGGUGUUUAACCUUCUCACAUCAGCCCACUUUUAGUUGAAGCUUUCAUCCCAUUCAAGAGCAGCAAAGUGCCUCCUUUGCUGCUCUACUCUGCACUGGCUGAACAGGACGGGCCUGGCCCAAGGACUGUAAUCCUCUCUAGUAC